AUGACUUGCGUCCUUCUGGCUCUGAGGGAAAAUAUUAGAGGUGGUAAAGUAUAUACUGCCCGCUUUAUUUUUAUCAAUACUCUGGUAUUUGUAGUGGCUUUCUUCGUGACAACACCAGCCAUCAUCCUUAGCGGCUUAAACUUUAAGAAUCUCAGCGAAACUUUGGAAUCUGAGAGUUUUCUGCUGAUUAGAUUUCUGCCAACUUUACUUACGUGGGGCCUUUCUGUUUUAAUUCCUUCUCUUGUUAUAUAUUCAUCUGGAUAUCUGCUCUUCGAAACAAAGUCCGCCAUGACCGUCUCCACUAUGAAAAAAAGUAUUGCUUUCUUGUUAUUUAGUGUCGUCAUUUUACCUUCUUUAGGAUUAACGAGCAUAUCAACUUUUUUGCUGUGGACGCUUCGAAACAAACAACACAUUAACAGCCUGCAGUGCGUCUUUUUACCAGACAAUGGGUCUUUUUUCGUCGGUUAUGUCAUGACGUCAUGCUUCAUUGGCGCAACUAUACAGCUCAUUCGUCUUCCAGAGGUUUUAAUUUGCCUUUAUAAGGUGCUUUUUGCCAAAUCGGAGGCUGAAAAAUUUGCAAUUCGAAAGACUAUUAUUUGGGAGUUCAGCUUUGGAGCACAGUAUUCUUACAUAUCGCUGAUCUUCACUUUGGUCACCUUAUACAGUAUCAUCUGUCCCGUCAUCACUUUUUUCGGUUCCGGUGCAGCUUCAAUUUUCUCGUAA